CGCUAAGGCGAUGAUUCAUGAGUCAAUCGCCGAGAAGCUUGACAUUGAAAAAUUCUCUCCCACUUCAAACACAUUUCGGAUUGCAGAUUUGGGAUGCUCAGUCGGACCAAAUACCUACAUUGCCAUGCAAAAUAUAAUAGAAGCCGUGGAAGAAAAGUACAAAUCCAAAGGCCUCGAGUCUCAAUUACCCGAAUUCCAAGUGUUCUUCAACGAUCAUGUCACAAGUGAUUUCAAUACCCUCUUCACCUUCCUCCCUCCUGAGAGAAGAUACUUUGCCACAGGUGUGCCAGGUUCUUUCUAUGGCCGCUUAUUCCCCAAGUCCUGCAUCCACAUUAUGCAUGCCUCGUACGCACUCCAGUGGCUUUCCAAGGUGCCAGAGGAGGUAGCAGACAAGGAUUCUGCGGCAUGGAACAAGGGCAGGAUCUAUUACUCGAGUGCACCAGUUGAAGUAGCAAAUGCUUAUGCAGCUCAAUAUGCCAAGGACAUGGACAACUUCUUGAACAACAGGGCUAAAGAAAUUGUGGCUGGAGGGAUGUUGCUGCUUAUCAUGAUAUCUAACCCAGAUGGUAUUCAUCGUUCUCAGAUGGGAUGCGGUGUGAUGUAUGAUAAAGUGGGAUCUUCCCUCGUGGAUAUGGCAAAGGAGGGUUUGAUAAGUGAAGCUCAAGUGGACUCCUUCAACUUGCCUGUGUACACUGCCUCUCCCAAGGAGGUGAUAUGCCUGGUAGAAAGAAAUGGGUGUUUUGGCAUUGAGAGAAUGAUGACAACGCAUCCACAGUUGAGGAAUGAUGACAACGUGGAUGAGCAAAUAUGUAGUAUGAGCAUGAGGGCUGCGUUGGAGGGACUCAUAACAGAACACUUCGGUAGUGAGAUAAUCGACGAAUUGUUCGACCGAUUUCAUAAGGAAGUUGCUGGGUUUAAUCUAAUGGACUCACGUCAUAAGAAAGGAAUCCUGCUACUACUUGCUCUGAAGCGCAAAUGAUGCAACUUUGGAGUCUUGAAAAUGAACUGGUCAAGUUUCGUAGUGCAGCUAAUGCAUACUAAACAAUGAACAGCACGAAACUGAAUUAUGGCUUCAACUAUGGUGAGAACUUAACUUCUAUUGUAUUGUAAGUCCUCUUUGACAGUCAA